AUGCCUCGUUAUAGUGUUGGUUUUACUAUACACGAGGCCGUUUUUUCUGGUAUUAAUUCACGGAAACCUAUAGACCCCUUAGUGGUUGUCCGUUGUUUUGACAGAGAGUUUGUUACUUCUGUAAAACCAUCCAAAACAGUGGUUGCAUGCUGGGACGAGAGCAACCAAUGGAAUAACAUCGAACUAUCGCAAAAGUAUUGGAAUUCUGGAGUCAUAGAAUUCGAGCUUCAGUCUGCUAACCCGUUUUGGAGGAAUGAUACUUUGGGCUCCACUGCACUCCAGUUGAAGUUAAUUUCAACAUUUAGGAAUAACACCUUUUCAGGAGUAAUUCCACUAACUGCGCCCAAUUCGGUACGCAUAAUAGGUUAUCUUAGAAUUAGCGUAAACGCAUAUGACUUAUCGCAUGAGGCCUUGAAUAACGCACAGCCUUCACUUACGAAGGAGGUUGACGUUCAGAAAGUAAAUACUCUCGAAAUUCCACCCCUAACUAGCCCUUUGGUUUACAGGAGUGCUGUCUCAACUGAGGUCCCGAAAAUCUAUAAAUACUUCCACCUGUACAUUAAUGUAUACACUCUGGAGGACGUUGAGACCGAGCUUUUUGGAUUCAGCCCACACAUAACCUGCGAGUACGCAGGAUGUAGGUUACAGUCUUCAAAACCCAUCAGAGUUAAGGGCAUCAGCAAUAAAAUGCGAUCGGACCCGGAAAUUCCUUCAACUGAGGAUAAAACUUCACUUGAUAUAAUUAGUGAGAAGAUAACUGACUAUAUGAGUGCUAGGACCAGUUUACUUGCUUAUAAUACUGAGGUAAGAAGGUCAAAUUACACCUUCAACCAGUGCUUUUUAAUGCCAGUGAGUGUAGCCAUAGGCGAACCUACUCUGGAAGACAACGUAAUUCUCAGGGUCUGGAAGGGCUUCUCUCUUGAGCUUCCAACUAUAAACAAGAACCAUGGUAGUGUUACAGGAGGUAUCAGCAAUAAAUUACUGGCAGAAGGUAAUUUUUCACUUUCUAAACUCCGAUCUGAACGUCAAAGACCAAGGUGGUUUAAUUUCUACAAGUCGACUGAUUCAUCCCUUAUUACCACCGACACCAAUAGUGACACUGUUGAUGUUAAUAGUGCUAAUGGUAUUAGAAAAACAAACUGUCGUGGUGGAAUCAAUGAAUAUUAUGCUGGAAGAAUAUUGAUAGGUGCAAGCGUUAAGAGGAUAAAUAAGGCGUCAGAUGUGCUGAAGGCUCAUGUGGCUUCGUCACACCAACUUGAGCCUCUUUCGCCAAGUCCCACAAGGAUCUUUUGUGACGUCUUUGCAGUUGAGUCUUCUAACAAUUUUACCUUCUCAGAACCCUUUGAAGUGUGUUUAGAAGUAUCUUGCGGCCCCUACAAGUCUACCACCGACUGGCAAACUAUUUUAUAUCGGAAAGACGUUUCGGCUGUCUUGAACCGCGAUCUACAGUUCUUAGGCUACAACGAUGGUCACGAUGGUCAAAUUAGUUUGAAUCACACGGUUGAUAGGAUAACAGGGUGGGUGUGUAACUUUGACUCAGUUCAGGGUAGAUUACACCCUAUGGAGUUGCUUGUUUCUUAUAAUACUGAGGAGCAGUGGUACAUCUUCGUUAGAGUAAUAGCAAGGCGUAAAGACGAUAAGAAAAGUGUGUCGAUUUUAGGCUCUUCAAAGUUCACUUUUGAUGACCUGCCAAGUUAUAAGCCAAAUACUGUCAAGGUUCCCGUGUGGAUUUCACUUUUUACACCCUCCAACAACUCUUCAAACAUUAUAAAUGACACUCUUAACCUGUUGAAUGAACUUAAUGGACCCAAAUCUUUCUCAAGAACCAGUAGUAUUAGCACUGCCGACACAGAUUCAUCCGGAGAUUUUGACAAUGUUAACACUGGAAUUAGCAAGAAUUCCUGUUUCUUAAAUGUACUAUUGAGCUUGGAGAAGGAAAUGUUUUAUUCAUCCACUUUUAACUCAUCUACUAACAAACAGUUCAGAGUAGCAUCUCAUACUAGAAGAACCUCAAUGGUUCUAAUGGAUUACGAGCUCAGAUGUUAUGUAUAUAGUGCAAAAAUGGACAAAAUUUACGAUAACAUAACAGUCUCAGUCACCUGUGAAGGAAGGAAGAAAACUACCUCCCCAAGAAAAAAUAGGUCACUAUUCCCUGUUUUCAUGGAAUGUCUUACCAUUUCCACUUCCAAUCUCACUCCAGUAAACAAUAUUGUACCAAACGUCCCAAUUCUUAUAACUCUAAACACCAAACACAGAGAAGAGCGGUACUCAUAUUCUGAUACCACAACCAAGACUAUUAAUGAUGGUGAAAAGUUAAGGUUAGUCAAACGAAGAGAGAAGAUAGAUGUUGAAGAAGUUUUGUAUAGUGCGGUAACAACCUAUAACAGAUUAAUAAGUUCGUCAUCUGGUCAUGAUCAGACGGGUGGAGUUCCUCGUUGGUUACAGAUUGGAAAUUGUGAACUACUUUUGUUUAUCGACAUGGUAACAAAAUCUGAGGCUAAAUCAGUUCCAAAGUUCCAAAUGCUACCAAAUGUUCAGGACAUUAGUGUACAAUUGGGUCUUAUCGGUCUUAGAAACCUCAAACUUCCUCGUAACGUCUCCAAUAAUAUAAAUAACCCUCCUAAUAGUGUAAAAAAUGUAGUGAUAAAGGCCAGUGUUCAAAAUUAUGGCAUUUGCACAGAUGAUGAGCAAUUUUAUGAAAUUAUGUGUACUUCUGAGCAUUCAACCGUUUGGGUGAAUGAUGGAGAAAGAAAUUAUGACAUUUUUGCGGUCCAUACUCUGGAGUUUAAGAGCCCAAUUGGUCUUAUUUUUGACCCUUUUCUAGAGCUAAAGCUAAUUAAUGACGAUACUGGUGAUAUACUUGGUCACUGCUGUUUUCCCUUAUAUAAGAAUAAUAAGGUAAUGGAAAAAUACAGUUAUAUUAAAGAUUUAAGGCACUAUCUGGUUCCAAGAAGAAUGUUUGAGGUUUUUGACAAUCUUCAAAAGAGUGGGAAUAGGGGCUCUUAUGAACUGUUUGACUCUGUUAAAAACUCAUCGGGUCAGGUUGACAACGCCCUGGCCGAAGUUUUCCAACAGUUUCAAACCACUAAAGAGUUUAAAAAAAUGGUUGAUUCGCUUAAGUUUGACAACACCAGCGUUUCAGUUCCCCCUAAGUUUCUAUUGACAGUUGACGGCAAAAAGGUUAUGAACUCAAGUUCUCUACCUUAUAACUUGUUUUCGGACAGUAAUAUUGAGGAGGUUCUGAUCGACAUUCCCUACAAAAUGCAACCGUUAUUUACCAAGGAUAGUGGUGGAAACAAACUUUGGUCAAACAAUUCACAUGAACUUUUGCACCAGGUUGGCACUAAUGAUGAGAAUGAAAUGGGCACUUUGAAGUACUUCUUAACCGUUUCAGACUCAAGCGGCUAUAGCUACUGUUCCUACGAUGAUCGGUACAAGGACAUUGCAAUUGAAUCUAACAAGAUGUUUCGUAUGUUUAGAACAAGUUUAAAGUCAUCCCUAUUUAAGAUGAGACUUUGUCUUCUCUCCAGUUCCAGCUUUCCUUCAACUCAAGAUGGCUCCAAUUCGUAUCUUGCCGUUGAGAUCGCUUCAAGACAAUCUAGAGAACUGCUUGGCGUCUCAGACGGACUCGUCAACAACAUUAACAAGAGUUAUGAAAGGGAAAUUUUUCUUCCGGAACACUCGAUUAUAAACUUCAAAGUCAUUGAAUCAUACAACAAUCUUACAGGAGACAGUAUUGAAAAGUCUAUAGCCAGAGGAUACAUUGAUGUUGAGAACCGCUGGUUCAGUAAGUCUUGGCAGAAAAUGCAGAGGGAUGACACAGUCCCAAUUGAGCGCAUUUUACUCUAUGAAAAUGGUCACGUUCAGGGUCACGUGAAUGUUUUAUUACAACUGGAUAAAAUCGAUAAAUUUCACCUUCUAAAGACUAUUAACUUGAAUGUCACUCAAACUUCAACAGUCGAGAUCAGGGUAGUAAUUUGGUCGAUUCGUGAUGCUAAAAUUCCCUUUACAGAGACCAAAAAGGAAAUGUUGGAUUUAUUUGUAUGUUCCCGUUUGGAUUGUCAUACUUAUUCUGGCACCUAUUCCACUGAACAGAAAACCGACAUUCACUAUAACUGCGACUCUGGAAAUGCAAGUUUCAAUUGGCGUGUUGUUUACCCCGAGGUUAAGACUCCUCUUGGUGCUUGUCAUCUUCAACUUUCAGUUUAUGACUUCUGGAAGAUUGGGAGUCCUGUCUUCAUUGGAGAUGUUAACUUGGAACUCAAGAGUUAUAUAAAUACCGUGUCAACUACUGGAAACAAGGUUAAAGUUUCUGGGGAGCUUCCUCUUUAUCCAAAUGCUAAAUCCACUCCCACUGGUUUCAUUCAAGUUACUCUUCAAGUCCUCACUCAAUCUGAGGCCAAUACCAAUAAUGUUGGUCUUGGUCGGGAAGAGCCUAAUCGUGAUCCUUAUCUGAUGCAACCGAAUGCUGGUAGACAGUGGAAAGAUUGGCUUGCUCACACUGGAUUAUCUAUCGAUUUCUCAGGAUACAGCCUCUACGUAUUAUCUAAUACUAUAGUUAUUUUCUAA